AUGGCGCCGCGUUUCACGGCGCAUGUUCCGGUGGCGGGAAUCGCGGCUGGGAGACCGUAUGAGGCGGGUGGUGCUGCGUUUGAUCAGCCAGCAGAUCCGUUAUUGGACGACUCGUUUGUAGGUUACCGAGGACGAGUCAGUGAGAUUAUGGAGGACGAGGAGGAGAUGGAAGAUGUGACUGUAGAUGACUACAGAAAUAGUGACCCUAGGGGUGUGAUUAAAGGCAAACACGCCACGCUGGCACCUGGCGGUUUUGGCAACCUGACACGUCACACCUCCGAUCCCACUGGCAGACGCUCAGCCAAUCACAGCGGCCCCUCAGCCAAAACCCCAUCAGCAUCCGCCGCAAAAGCCGCCGCUGCUGCUGCUUUGGCUGGUAGUCGCAUUAAUAAGAAUUCACAAACGGUUGCUGAUCGUUCCCACCGUUCUGAUCGCAUUACUGAUCGGGGAAGGGAUUCUGGCCGCCACAAGUCCACUCAGUCUUCUCCUCCUCCUCCUCGUCCUCCUCAUUCUCGUUCCGCUGACCGUUCUCGUCGUUCCCCCAACGCCGCUGCUUCUCUUGCUGGUCGGAUCGAGAGGCCAGGGUCAGGGAAGGCUGCGCCUGGCGCUGUACUCGAUAAGAGCGUCCCCGCUAAGAGAGUACCGGUGAAAUCGCGGCUUCGUGUUCCUGUACACAUGAGACUGUCGUUUCAAGGCUCGGAUUCCAACCCUUCCCCAGCGGCAGCAGCAGGAGCAGCAGUAGCAGCAACGGGAGGAGAAGCAGCAGAGGCGCCACUUCGCUUGGUUCCCUCUGCUGGUAUCUUGUCUCUUCCGCAUGCAACCCCUUUUGUGCCUGGUUCCAACCUGGGUGGAGUAAUGACGGCCUUCCAUCCUUCCCUUACCACCCCCUUUGUUGCUGCUCCCACCGCGCCUCUCCUUCCCAAUCCUGUGCUCUUUCGGACCGUACCUGUUUCUUUUGGAGGUCUGGUUGGAGGUUUGGUGUCUCCAGACCCUAGGUAUAGCCUAGCGUCCAAUAUGGACUCCUCCCGCCGCCUUCGUUUCGAUGCAGAGGGGCGCCCGAUAGAGUUCGGCACCUGGCUCCGCCAGACUCAGCGCUAUCUCACCAGUCAGCGCCAGGACGGCGCCACCCUGUACGCCCACGCGUCCGGCGCCCUCCAGGCACCACCGCGUCCCGAGCCCCUCCCUGCCGUGCCCCCCCCGACUCCGGAGGCACAGGCGGACUACGCUCGUCUCGUCUUGGCGCGGGACGUUUGGGACUCCCGUGACGCUGCGGCUGCACUCGCGCUGACCGAGCUCCUUCCACCGACUGAGGCCGCUCACUUCGACCUGGUAGAGACUGCGAAGGAGGUGUAUGAUGCUAUUUCUGCACGCUAUUCCACCCCUUCCUCUGCCUCCCUCAGCCGCAUCCUCAUGCCGUUCGUGUUUCCCGACCUCGGCUCUUUUGCGACUGUCUCUGACCUAGCCACACACUUGCGCUCCCUUGUCGCUAGCUACCGAGCAGCUUGCACUGAGGCUCAGCUUCUUGUUGCUCCUCCUCCUAUUUGGCUCACAGUCCACUGGGUAGUCACUCGUCUCCCUGACCGCCUCUCCACUGCCCGUGACGCACUUCUCCAGCAUCACCUCAGUGAGCUUACGAUUGAUCUUCUCGAGACCACUCUCGGGAAGAUCGAGAGUAACCUCCUCUCUGUUGCCUCAGCCACUGACGCAGUUGCCCCUCGUUUGUUUGAGGGGUGUGCUGUCCCCCAGCUUCCUACCUUCACUGCUACACGUGCCUCUGCUGCUGUGUCGGUUUCUGAGGACACUGCAGCUGUUUCUGCCGCUGACAGGCAGAAACGGGGCAAGGGGGGCAAGAAAGGGGGGAAGGGGGGUGGCGGCGGUGGAGGAGGUGGCGGUGGUGGAGGCGGCCCUGGGGGCGGCAGUGGUGGCGGUGGUGCCCCAGGCGGAGGGAGCUCUGGAGGAGGUGCUGACCCACCUGCUGGAGGAGGUUCGACCAGCGGUGGUGCGGGGCCCCAGCAGCAGCAGCCACAGCAGCAGCAGCCACAGCAGAGACAGCAGCUGCACCAGGGACAGCAGCAGUGGCAGGCACCACAGCAGUUUCAGACGUGGGGACCCCCACUGCAGUGGGGUCCGCAGCAGCACUGGGGGCCCUCCGCCACAGUGGGGACCUGGAGGACCCGGGAGCACUGGCCGCAGCAGCAGCACUACCAGCUGGGCCCCUCGCCCCCCGCGGCGCGACACCGGCCCCUGCGACCACUGGUGCGUCACCGGACCUGGCAGUCCCUGUGUCUGCGGCCGCGACGACCACUCUGCAGCGCGGUGCUUCCGCCGCCUCGACGACCUCUACCGUGCACGCUGGGGUCCUGA